AUGUAUGUAUCAGAGAAAGAUACGGGAGACUCCGUCGACUGCAUACCCAGUGAUACGUCCGUUGGCAAGAAAAAGCGUUCAAUCUCAGAGACUGCCGAGUAUCCCCGAAGACGGGCAACGAUAGCUGUAAGCGCCUUUGGCACAUCUGUUCAAGGCGUAUUUGACUUUGUUUCAGUGCCAGAUAUGCCGGCUGCGCAAAACCCGAUGCAACGGGACUCGGCCCAAGUGUCAACUGUGUUCCGACUUGAAUGCAGAAUAGAGCCCGGAAUUAAACUCGAUGCUGGAGACAAGCUUAUACUGGAUCAACUGGCCAGAAUUGAAAGUCUGCUACAUUCGAACCUAACCAACCAAUCACCCCAUCUAGCUCUUUCUACUACUUCCCCAGCCACCAGCAAUGAGACCAACGUUGGCAGCGAUGAUCAAUUGACUAAAACGUCUUCCACUGGAUUGCCAGUUCCUGGAAGAUUGUCUGCUGUGGGGCUCGGUUCCUGGGUUAACCCACCUGCCAGUAUAAGCAUCUCCACGAUGCCGAAGAUGCAUACUACUCCGGCUGUUCACCUUCUUCAAUGGCCCCUGAUACGCGACUUGGUCUCUGGGGCCUACGAUCCCCAACAUCUACUACAACUGGAAAUGGCUCGUGAGUCGUUGCGGCUGACUCCGAAUUCAGGCUUCGAUUUGACAAAUGCACCCACGUACGCUCAGGCCUUUUUCGCCUAUGGCAAUGUCUGGUAUGCUUGCGUCAAUCCGUACACUUGGAAUCGAUAUUACCAAUCAGCUCUCGCACAAGGAUUUCAAGAAGGACCGAUGAGCUGUCUUGUUCUCCUGGUACUGGCCCUUGGCAGCGCUAGUCAUAGUGGCAGUAUCUCCUUUGUACCAGCAGAUCGCGAACCGCCAGGGCUCCCUUACUUUGCCGCUGCAUGGAGCAUUCUGCCGUCGGUAAUGAUGCGAAACACUGUGAUUGCGACACAGUGCAUGGUCCUGGCCUCUGCCUAUUUAUUUUAUUUAGUGCGACCUUUGGAGGCCUGGACCCUGCUCUCAAACGUGAGCAUGAAAUUGCAGUUAUUGUUCGGCAGUCCUAACCGAAUCCCUGCCCAAUGGAGAGAGCUAAGUGUGAGGGUUUAUUGGAACGCUUUGUUAUUUGAAAGUGAUCUCUUAGCUGAGCUGGAUCUCCCACACUCUGGUAUUGUCAACUUCGAGGAACUCGUGGAUCUCCCGGGAGGCUUUGAGGAAGAAGACGAGGAUGAUGGGGACGAGGAGGAGCGAGACAAAGACCAAGGUGGAACCAGCAAAUAUCAGAGUUCCUCACGCCUGGUAGACUCCCACCUGGCCGAUCGACAUGAUGAGCUCUGGUACUUUCUGGCAGAGAUCGCAUUGCGCAGACUAUUGAACCGCGUCAGCCACAUCAUUUAUCAAAAGGACAGCACACACACCCUCGCGUCAUUGGGCCCGAUCGUCUCGGAGCUCGACUUCCAGCUGUCUCAAUGGUAUGACAGUCUACCUCAGCCUGUUCAGUUUCCCCUUACCCAAGCACCUCUUUCCAAUCCGGUACAAACAGUAUUAAGACUUCGCUACAAUGCAUGUCGCACAAUUAUCUAUCGCCCAUAUAUCCUGGCAGUCUUUGAGAAUGAACAAGCAGGAGCGGACGCAGGGGUGAAAGAGUGCUGUCGGCGAUGUUUGGAUGCUACACUCCGCCAGCUGGAGCAUAUCACCAGCCACCGUGAAGGCCAUCUUCCAUACCUCUGGCAAGGUGCUCUCUCUAUGGUUUCACAGACACUGCUAAUCAUGGGUGCCACCAUGUCCCCUACCCUUUCCACCUUGCUCCCGCCUGCACAACGAAUGGACGCGAUAAUUGCGGGUGUUGUAACGGAGGUCGAGAGAUAUGCGCACCUAGCACCCAGUCUGAAACUGUCUGCUGAGAUCAUCCGAGAUGCGGAGCGGCGGCGACAGAUUUGUCUUCGAUCGUCCAGUAUAUGCCUCUGA